AUGGCUCAAAUUGCCCAUCCUAAUUUUAUCAAAGGAGUUCCAGAAGUAUCACAUCUUAUGGUACAAUCAAAAACACCACAGGAGUAUUUAGAAAAGGGACUCACACCAGAACAGACGAUUGAAUUAAUGGAUGAAGCCGGAAUUGAAAAAUUGUGUCUAAACGCCUGGUACAGACCUGGAAAAGUAAUAAUUUCCAAUGAUAUGAUCAGUGAAUGGGUACAAAAAUAUCCAGAUAGAUUCAUUGGAAUUGCAGGAGUUAAUUUAUUAGAUCCUUUUGAAGCCGUUAAAGAAUUGGAAAGAGCUGUUAAUGUAUUCGGUUUUAAAGGGCUUCGA